GUUAGUCAAACUGAAUGAAAGUAAACUGAAAGCAUUGCCAUUAGACUUCUUCCUUCAUCCAAAAGGGUUCAAAGGAAUAGUAGCAGCAGUAAAAGAGCUUUCUAGGGAAGCAGAUUCACCUCAUCUGGCUCUAAAACUAGGUAACUACAUAAAACAGAUUGCUCUACUUAAAAGAAGUAUGGCUGUAGACAAUGAGAAUAAAAUGAAAAAGGGAGAAGCAAAAGACUUCCUUCAUCAUUUUGCAGCACAUUGGAAUUCGCAAGUGUCUUGUGUUGCAAACAGGACAAUGAAACUGAGAGCUAUCAAUAAGACAAUUGAACUACCAAGGACUGAUGACAUAAUUUCAUUGAAACAAUACCUAGUAGCAGAAAUACAAAGUGCAAUGAAGAACAGAAAGCCAGAAUAUAAGGAGUAUGUUAAAACAGCUCAAAUGGUGCUAGUAAGAAUUGUCAUUUUUAACAAGCGCAGGAUCUCAGAAGUGGCAGAACUAAAGGUUGAGGACUUUGGAAAAAGAAUACAGGGAGACGCUGCUGAUGGAAACGAAGAAAUUUUAUCUUCAUUAGAUAUAGCAGAGAAGACUUUGUGUAACAGAAUGCAGCUAGUGGAAGUCCGAGGAAAAAGUACUAGAAGUCUUAGGAAAGUGUUCGUUUUGCUGACUACAGAUAUGGUAGAAGGUCUGCAGUAUUUACUCUGUACAAGGAUUUAUGCAGGAGUUAACCCAUCAAACUUGUUCCUGUUUGGAAACACUAGCAUUGCAACUCUUGAUGGAUGUGAAGCAAUGCGAAUAUGUACAUCUGCAUGUCCUGGACAUGUGAGACCAGAUCUUAUCAGAACACGCCUCCUGCGCAGAUAUAUGGCAACAACGUGUCAGGUAAUGGAUAUGAGUGGAGAUGAGCUGAAACUUGUGGCUGACCAUAUGGGUCAUUCUCUGGAAAUACAUACAAAUAUUUAUAAGACACAAAAUUCCAUAUUGGAAAGAACAAAGGUAGCAAAAGCACUAAUUGCUAUGGAGAAUGGUGAAUUAGGGAGAUUCAGAGGAAGAAUGUUGGAAUCCAUAGAUAUUGAUG